AUGGGACCUGACUUCCCAGCCCAAGCCGGCCAUGAUGAGAAUUCCAUCCAGCAGGCCUCUGAGCCCACGCAGGACCCCCUUCUCCAGUCCCACAGCAGCCCUGCUGGCCAGAGAAGCCUUGGGGAUUCACAGACAAAAACCCCAAAACUGGAGCCCACCACGCACCCAAGGAAGAAGCCCCAGCUGCCCCCCAAACCUGCACACCUAAGCCAGAUCCCCCCGCCUCACUGGCUGCCCAAGCCCUCAGCCCUCUCUCCCAGCUCCUCUAAGGAGGUGGGGCAAGGAAAAUACAGACAAGGUGAGACUGGUACAGCUGACCAUGACCUUCGGCCAACCAAGGUCCCCACCACUGCAGGCCAGGGCCGAGUAUCGCCGGCUGGAUGCUCCACUGGACAGAGCCAGCACAGCCCCCAGCAUGACUCCAGCACCGUGGCCCCCAGGCCCACCAAAAGUCAGGCUGCGGGCAGCAACGACCAGAGCCCUGAGCCCCUCAAGCUCUCAGCUCUCAGCAGUGACCCUACCUCACCACAGCAGGGCCCCAGCCCCUCAGGAAAGAAGUGCACAGAUGGUUCCCAGCAAGGGGUCCCUGAGAGCUCCAAGAUUCUGCAGGGAAGCCAGCAAGAGCUCCAGGGCCUCCUGAGCCAGGUGCAAGCACUGGAGAAGGAGGCCAAAAGCACUGUGGACGUGCGGGCAUUGAGGAGGCUCUUUGAGGCUGUGCCCCAGCUGAGAGGGGCCCCUCCAGCUCCUGCUGCCCCCAACAAGCCCGAGGCCUCAGUGGAGCAGGCCUUUGGGGAGCUGACAAGGGUCAGCACGGAGGUGGCCCGGCCGUGCACAAGGCCCUCAGCUCCAUGUCUAGCCUCCAGCCUGGGACUAACACCAGAGGCCAUUCCCAGGGACCUCUAAAGGACCACAGUGCCCACAAGGUCAGUGUCACAGACAGCAGGAGUCAGGCCCAACUGCCCAGGCCAGGAGGUCAGGAGUCAAACUGAGGCUACAUGCCACACUGAGGUCCAGGGUCAGGCCAAGGUCAGAAAUCACACUGAGGCCAGAAGUCAAGCAGCCCCAACCACCCCUUCUACUCGGAGGCUGGAGACCAUGAGAGAAGAGUCAAGCCUCCCUCGAGUGUUACCUCCCAGCAGAGAUUCACCCUCCUCCCCAACCUUUAUCUCCAUCGAGUCGGCCACUAGGAAGCUUCUGGAGGCUCCCAGCCCCAGGUGCAGCCCCAAGGUCUCAGUGAGAAGCACACACCUCCCCCAGGAUGUGGGCCAGGCUCAGCCCCACCAGAAAGAUGUCUGGGACAAGGCCAGGAAGAAAGAAGCCACCCAGUGCUCCGGACAGCCCCAGCAUGCCCCUGCCUCAGCCAGCCCCCUGCCCACCAGGCAGCAGAAAAGUGUUCUGGAGCUGCAGACUGGGCCCGGUGGCUCCCAGCACUAUGGAGCCACAAGAACAGUGACCGAGCAAUACGAGAGGGUGGACCAGUGCAGGACCUCAGUGCUCACCUCCCCCACCACGGUCACCGAGCCCACAGAGCCACCCAGGGGCCCAGGCCCCCACCUCGGGCUCCACGCCUCCCCCUUGAUGAGGCAGUUCCUGCACAGUCCAGCCGGGCUCAGCACAGGCCUGGCAGAAGCUGGGAAGGUGUGUGUGCCCUGCAGCCACUCCCAGCCAGCUGCCCAGUGA